AUGAUAGGCCGCCAACCGGCCACGCUCGGCGUGUCGGUCACUUUCUUCGUCAUUGCCAGCGUCUUCGUCGCGUUGCGCUUCAUAUCGCGUGUCUUCGUGGUUAGGAAAGUCGCACUACACGACUAUUUGAUGCUGCUUGCGUGGGUGAUUGAUUUCGGCUUCUCGUUCUCCCUGUUCUACGCGGUUCGCAAUGGACUCGGUCUGCACUCAAACGAUGUCCUCCCCGAGAAUCAAGCUGCUCUCAAUAGAGCCAACUACGCAUUCACUGUCCUCUACAGCCCAGCAUUAAUGACCGUCAAAACGUCGAUUCUCGUAUUCUACUUGACCUUGACAAGGAACCAAAAGGUGUCUCGAUGGGCCAAUUAUGUCACCCUCGCUGUAGUCAAUGCCGCCGGCCUUGCGUUGACAAUGAUCAAUGUCUUCCAGUGUCGACCAACAUCCGCCGCGUUUACAGCCGGGCUAUCCUCAGACGCGCAUUGUAUCGAUAUAAUUACACUCUAUCUGUCCUCGUCUCCCGUGAACAUCAUCACCGACUUGGCGAUUUUGUUCCUUCCGAUGCCAAUUCUGACUCAAAUGCGCCUGCCGAAAAAGCAAAAGAUCAUUCUGGUCGUCACAUUCAGCUUUGGCUUCUUCGUGGCUGUCGUCGAUGUCAUUCGAAUUGCUUUCCUCCAGCAAGCCGCUACCUCGCGCCAAGUUGCAUUGAAGUCAGUUCAUAUUCAGAGCGUUGGCGCAUCAGACUUUAGCUGGUAUGCGUCGAUUUCCUUCAUGUGGUCUGUCGUCGAAGUCAACGUUUCGGUGAUUUGUGGAUGUGUCCCGAGCCUUAAACCUCUUGUCGCUCGCCUUUUACCCAAAUUAAUAAGGGACACCAGUGACGCCUCCAGUCCCACACCAUACCGAUAUGCAACUGGAGAGGGACCAGCUGUACCUCCGGCUGCAGUGAUCCCAGGUUCUGGCUCAAAGCAAUCGCCAGAGGACAGCAAAGGAAGCAAACCUUCUCAAAAGAAUAGCAGUACCGCUACCCGUCGGCGAAGCUCUCACGCACCUAUCUCCAUGCUGGACUUUCUGGGCCAUCCUCCUACGGGUCCCCAGGAUACUGAAUCUCACACCCAAACUGCUUCAUAUUACCCCCAUAUUACCUUCUUCGAUUUUGUGAACAUGAAAAAGCCAGAGAGUAUGCUUAAGCUGACCAACCGAGAGUCCAUAACUCCCAUUGCACUCGUCACUGUACUGUUCUUUCUCUGGGGCUUUGCAUAUGGCUUGCUCGACACGCUCAACACACAGUUUCAAACAAUUGUGAAUUUAGACAGUUGGCACUCCUUGGGAUUACACGGUGCAUACUUUGGAGGUUAUCUGGUUGGCCCAUUAUUGGUCGGUCGUCCGGUUCUUAGAACUUGGGGUUUCAAAUCCACCUUCAUCACCGGCUUGUGUAUAUAUGCUUGUGGUGCGCUCGUGUUCUGGCCUUCUGCGGUACUCACGUCCACUGCGGCGUUUAUAGUCUCGAACUUCAUCGUUGGUUUUGGCCUUGCGGUGCUGGAGACAGCUGGGAAUCCGUUCAUUGCGUUGUGUGGCCCCCUGGAGAACUCGGAAAUCCGGUUGAAUAUUUCGCAAGGCGUGCAAGCGAUUGGCAGCGUCUUGUCUCCUCUCCUGGCACAGAAGGUUCUUUUCAAGAAUGUACAUGACGUUGCUUCUUUGGUCAAUGUCCAAUGGACUUAUCUUGGCAUUGCUCUCUUCGACGUGCUUCUUGCAGUGGUUUUCUACUAUCUGCCAAUCCCAGAAGCAUCAGAUGAAGAUUUGGAAGAGCUGGCAAACCGACGCCGAGAUGAUAACCAGACCAAGGUUAUCGGCAUUCCAGUUGUUUGGCUCACCCUUGGCCUCGGAAUAUGGUCCCAAUUCUUCUAUGUGGCAGGCCAAGAAGUCCUUGCCACCAGUCUCGAGCGCUUUGUUGUUGCUGCGAAACCUGACUCUUCCCUGGGUGCCUUUGAUUUCCUGACCAUCGGCCAUACCCUUUUUGCUGUAGGUCGUUUUCUCGCUGCCUUUGCGCAGUGGUUUCUAAAGCCCCGCUGGAUCCUCAUGGUGGCCUACAUUGGUAUGGUUGUCUUUUCGGUGCUCUGUAUGAAUACCACCGGCUCUGCGGCCAUUGGCAUGGCCAUGAUGGUGUUUCUAUUCGAGAGUGGAGUCUACAGUAUUGUCUUUGCUCUCUCUCUACGUGGCACUGCUCGGCACACCAAAACUGCAUCGGCAUUGCUUACUAUGUGCAGCGGCGGCGGCGUUUUCUUUCCUUUUGCACAAAACGCUGCAUCCAAUGCACGUGGAAUAUCAUACUCGUUCUGCGUUCUGGUCGCCGUCUUUGCCGCCGGCGCCAUCUUCCCACUGUAUCUCAACUUAGUGCCUGCGGCGAAGAAACAAGUCGACCCUGUGCCUAAUGAGUACCUGCGUCGUCAUCAUCGCCGCAGCCGUGCCCCAGUGAGCGCGAUACCGCGCGAGAAGGAAAACCAGGCAAGGGGUGGUGUUCUAUCACGCCGACGAAGCUGGGUUUCCAAUCCAGAUGACUUACCUGAUCUCCCAUUCCCAGGCGACACUUACCGACCUCCUAUCUCUCAAAGGCUUCCCUCCAACAAAUCCAAUUCGACCUCCGAAGACUCCCAAUCCUCUCACAACUCUUCAAGACGUUGA